AUGCAUGAAAUACAAAGAAAUUGGUGGGAAGAACAAUUUAGCUAUAUGCAUAAAUUAUUGGUUUGCUUUACUCUAGCUGUGCCUCUAUUCUUAGGAGUUGCUGUAAGUCUAUAUCGCAUCUUCAGCUCUUAUUUAAACAUAUUAGGAUGCAUCAUCUCGGUCCUCACAGCUUGCUCUCCAUCCUUUUGGAUUAUAAAGCAUUUCAGCAGAAAAUCAACAAUCGCCAAGUCUACAAUCGCUGUGCUCUGCAUAGAAAUAUAUAGCACAGCCGCAUUUAUAAUAUCACGAAACAUCAUAAAAGACGAGUCCGGGGUUUUUCACUUGCUUUCUUACUCCCCCCCUCCGUGAGCGAACAAAAAAAUUUGUUUGCUCACGGAGGGGGGUUAAUUUUUUUUUUUUUAAAAAUUUAUAUAUAAUUUUAUAUUUUCAAAAUUUAAAAUAUAAUAAUUUGUAAAAAUUGAGAAUUUAAUUUGCGAAAUUUAUAUUUUAAAAACUCAAGCUGUUUAAAAUUAAACAAAAUUUAACUAGAGAUUUCGUUAUAAUAAUUAUCAUUUAUAUAUUAAAUUUUUUUUUCAUAUAAAAAUUUUUGUUCGCUCACGGAGGGUAGAAUUUUGGUCAAAAAAUAGGAUUUUUCCAAUGGUUUUGUUCGCUCACUGAGGGGGGAGUUAUAUACUUACAAUCCAACUCCAGCUGCCGCUUAUUCGCAGCAAAAUUUUCGCGAAUAUUCUUUUCCUAAAGCACGUAUUGCUUUGGUACUUUUUUGACACCAUUUUUGGAUCAUUGAAAUUUCCUAUCAAUAUUGAGCUUUUUGCUGCAAUUUUCGCAAUAAUUAUCGUGUUCAAUAUAUGAAACUCAUAUAGAUCUAAAUUUUUAGCCAUUUUUUUAUAUUUUUAAAUUAAAUAAAAAUAUGUAAAAAUUUUUUUAUCUAAAUUUAUAAAUGAGUAUUUUAUGCUGAAAAAAGAGCUGGAAUGCUCAAAAGACCAAUUUAAGCUGAUAACACAAGCGUUUUCAGACGGAAUUUUAAUUUUAUCAGAAAAUCAUAAGGUUGAGUUUUGUAGCUCAAGCAUGCAUAGAUUUUUGGAAAGUAACAAUGGAUCCCUAUUUUGGGAAAUUUCCAAAUAUGAGUAUUGUGAAGGGAAAAAAUUUUCGGGAUUUCCUACUUCAAAUAUACUCAUUGAUGAUAUAGAUUAUGCUUUUGAAGUUCUAGAUGAUGAAGAAAUCAGCUUAGGAGUAACUCUAAUUGGGGAUAUUUAUAUUGAGUGAAAAGGCAAAAUUGUGGCUUGGGAAACUAAACGAGCACUUUUUUUGGUUGCAAGAGAUAUUAAUUUAAUCUUAGAACUAUAUCUUUUGCAUUUAAUUGCUAGUCUAAUGUUUAGCCUUAAAUUUUCAUAAAUAAAUAUACGUUUACCUUAAAAAGCAUAGAAAAAAGCGCUGCGAAUGAUAGGAUGAAAACGGUCUUAUUAAGAUCAGUUUCUCAUGAACUUCGCACACCUUUAAACUCUAUUGAUUUUUUUGUAAAUGAUAUACUAGAAAAAAGGCCUAAAAGUGACUAUGAAAGUGAAGUUGAGAAGCUAAAAAUUAUUUCAGUUUCUUCGAAAUUGAUGCUAUCAUUAAUCAAUGAUUUACUUGAUUAUUCAAAAAUAUUCCUGACUAAAUUAAAUAAAUGUUGUGAAUUUGGGGGAAAAAAUUAAAAAAAUUUUGGGUUUCUUUAGUUAAAUAAACAUAAUUGCUGGAGUUUUUUCUGUCCACAAAUGUUAUUGUAAUAUACGAAAUAUUAUUGAAAAUACAUGUAGCUUAAUUAAGAUCCAAGCUUCAAAGAAGAAAAUUUCAUUAUUAACAAGAAUUGACCCCUUUUUGCCGGAGCUUAUUUACACUGACCAGCUGAGAUUAAGCCAAAUCAUACUAAAUCUGCUCAGCAACGCUUUGAAAUUCACUAAACCCUCUCCAUAAUGAGCAAAAUCACUGGAAAUCUAUAUUUUUUGGGGAAAAAAAAACACUCUGAGCAAAAAAUAUUUAUUAUAUAAAAAAUUAAUAAAAAUAUUUUUAAUAUAAAAUUGUUUUGAUAUAUAAUUAUUAAAUGACUUUCAGCUAAUUCUAUUGAAUUUUAUACAAUUUUGCAAUCUAAAGCAUGAAUUCUAUAAUUAAUGUAAAUUUUCUUUCUAUUUUUUUGUAAUUGAAUAUUUUUAAAAUCUUAUUUUUAUAUCUAUAUCACGUUUACGCCCACUACCAGGUUGCUCGACCCACCCUAAAGGCCCCACCCUUCUGGAAAUUCCAUUCUUUAAGGUCAGGACUCGGUAGGAAAACUACCUGGCUCUUUUUUCCCUAACAUAGCUGGGAUAAUUUCACCAGGGGAAACAAACCUCAUAAUUAAAAUAUGCAAGAGAUGAAUUUUCCGUCGGUAAACCAUAAAAUUCCCAUUUUUAAUUAUGAUAAGAAAAUUAAAUAGAAUUUUAAUAAAUAAAUAAAUAACCCCCUCUAUGAGUGAGGGUAAAGAAGGUUGGAUUGAGAUUUGCUGCUGACUAAGCUUAAAAAACAAGCUUAAAAUUUCUAUAAAAGACACAGGAAUUGGAAUCUCAAAAGAAAUCAAAAGAAAACUAUUUUCUGAAUUUAAUUCACCAUUUAUUUCCUCAAUUAAUCCACAAGGCUGUGGGCUCGGGCUUUGCAUUUCGAAUUUUUUAGCCAUAAAAUUAGGUAAAAAAGCUAUAAAGGUAAAAUCAAAAUUAAGAAAAGGGUCAUUUUUCAUGUUUUCUAUCGAUAUAAGUCCAUUAAAUACUUUUCCAGAAGUAGGUACAAGCUCAAAGAUUAAUAGUGAAAAUGAAAACAGCGCUCACAUAGACAUACAAAGGUACUCCUUUCAAAGUUCUUAUAGAAAUUAUGAUAUUUAUAUAGUUUUUCAUUAAAUAUGGCAACAGAAUAUUUAUUAAAUAAAUAUAGUAUAAAAAAGUAUAAUAGUAGAUGACAAUGAAUUAAAUAGAAUGGUCUUACUCCCCAAAGCAUAUGUUAAACCUCCAGUUUUUAGGUACUUUGAUCCCCCUUUAAAUCGGAAAAAAUUGUCUUAUUAAUAGAAAAUUUUAUAGGUUAAAAUUACUAAUUUAGCAGAAAAAGACCAAGUAGAAUUAAUCGAUUAAUUUUUGAACUCUUCAUAAAAAUAAAUUAAAAAUUCAAAAAUAUUAGGUUCAAAAUAUAUUUUUUUAGUUUUUAAAAAUUUUACAAAAAAUUCAAACCCCUUUAAAUUGGAAAAGGAUUUUUUAUUCCAAUUUAAUAGGGGAGUUAGGGUCAAUUAUAUCUCAACAACACUGGACUUAUGAAGAAGCCUGCAACGGUAAAGAUGCAGUCAAUAAAUUUCUUAGCCAUAAUUCAAAAGCUAACCUAUGCAAAAUUGUUAUCAUGGACUGCGAAAUGCCAGAAAUGAGCGGAAUUGAGGCAGCAUCACAAAUAAUAAAAUACCAUAAAGAAGGAAUUAUCGAAAAACUGCCCAAAAUAAUUGGAUAUUCUGCAUAUAGCUCUGAGGAAGACAGAAAAGAAUGCAUAAGGUCUGGGAUGGUUGAUUAUAUGAUAAAGCCUUCUCCAGCUGAAGAAAUCAUAAGGAUUAUCAAGAAGCAUUUAAAUUAA